AUGUCUUUGAGUCUGAGAAACACCGUAUCGGGUUUUCGAGUGUGGAGAAAAGUACGAUGGUACUCUGUUGAUGAAAAACCGCGCAUCAAUCCCGUAGGAAUCCAGCAUUUAAGCAAGCAUCUACACAAUCAAGUGUUUGGUCCCGAAAAGUCCGGUUCGGGAACCCAAGAUAUCACAGCUCAGGAAAAACAACUGCUCACACGUCUGUCUAAACAGUUUCUCAAAAAACACGGUCUUUUGGGGAAAAAGACAGGCAUUUCCAAGCCUAUCUCGUUUGAUCUACCAACUUUACAGGGCAGCUCGCUGGACGAGCAUUUCCAAAAACUGGGCCACUAUGCAUCUGAGCCGUUUUUAACUAAAGCACGAGACAAGUUCACAAGGCUGCCGCCGAGGCCCAAAUCGUGGCUCAGAACGGCCGGUUGGACUCGAUAUCCAGCUUCUGGUGAAACUAUCGAGCAUGUACCCUUCCCACUCGAAGAAACCAUAGUCUUUGACGUUGAAACUCUCUACAAAAUAUCUCCUUACCCAACGCUGGCCGUCGCGGUAUCGGAAGAAGCCUGGUACUGCUGGUGCUCGCCAUAUUUGUGUGGAGAGUCUGAUGACCCGACGCAUCUAGUGCCUUUGGAUACGCUAAACAAAACUAGGCUUGUCAUAGGCCAUAAUGUUGGAUACGAUCGUGCCCGCGUUCUGGAAGAGUAUAAUUGUCAAGAAUCAAAGGCCUUUUUUUUAGACACAAUGUCAUUACAUGUGGCCUCUUCCGGCAUGUGUUCACGACAACGGCCUCAAUGGAUGCAAAAACAAAAAGCUCAAAAGUCGGACAACAGCGAGCACAUUGAUGCUGAUUCUGUGACUGGUGAUGAAGAUGAAGAGCCGUGGACAAACGUCUCAGCUCUCAACUCGCUCGAAGAAGUAGCAUCGUUGCAUUGCGGGAUCAAGCUAGAUAAAUCUCAACGCGACGCUUUUGCGACGCUCGAUAAAACUGAGAUCAUUGAUAAUUUCAACUCAUUAGUGAACUAUUGCGCUACAGAUGUCGAGGCAACGAGCAAAGUGUUUGACGUUGUCUUUCCACUAUUUCUGCUUAAAUGCCCUCACCCUGUAUCAUUCGGAGCUUUGCGUCUGCUUUCCACAUCCUUUCUUACAACAAAAGAGUCAGAAUGGAAAAGAUACCUUCUUCAGUCGGAAACGCAAUACCAAGAGAGCAAACAAAGCAUCGAGAAAAAGAUCGUGACUAUCGUUGAAGAUGUUAUUAAGCUCAAAGACAACAAAAAAUCAGUAGAUAAUGAUCCUUGGCUCAGGCAAUUGGAUUGGACUUUCAAAGCUUUGCGGAUGACCAAAAAAGGUGUUCCAGCCAAAGGUCAAAAGUUGCCAGGUUUUCCAGAGUGGUAUCGGCAGUUAUUCCCUUCAAAGAGUAGCACAUCUCCUAUCAUAACAAUCAGAAAUCGAACCAUUCCCUUAUUCUUCAAACUUUGUUGGGAAGGUGAACCAGUAAUCUGGACCGAUUCCAGUGGAUGGUGCUUUGCCGUCCCAAGCAGUAGGCUUGAUGAAAUGAAGGAGAAAAACUACCAUGCUGUGAAUACUCCCGAAAUUGAGAUCCCAGGGUGUCAAAUGUUUCGAAUUCCACACCCCAACGGACCACAAUUUAACUGUACAACCCUUCUCAGCAAGCCGUAUCUCCAGUUUUUUGAAAAAGGUGUGUUAACCUCCAGUUCAGAUUUGGCUCGAGACGCCUUGAAAAUAAAUUCUUCAUGCUCUUACUGGAUAUCUGCUCGUGAGAGGGUUAUGUCACAGUUUGUUGUAUCCAGGGAAAAGUUUCCAUGUCAGUUCAAAAGUUUAAACUCUGAACCCUCCUCUGAUAAUGAUAUGAGCAUAAUCUUGCCUACUAUUAUACCAAUGGGAACAGUAACUAGAAGAUCAGUGGAAAACACAUGGUUGACUGCCUCUAAUGCGAAGGCAAACAGAAUAGGUUCAGAGCUCAAAGCGCAGAUCAAAGCCCCAGAUGGCUACGCAUUUGUUGGUGCCGACGUUGACAGUGAAGAGUUAUGGAUUGCAUCCCUCGUUAGUGAUUCUGUUUUCAAUAUACAUGGAGGAACUCCAAUUGGAUGGAUGUGCCUAGAAGGCUCCAAAAAUGAAGGCACCGAUUUGCACUCGAAAACUGCACAGAUACUUAAGUGUUCCAGAAAUGAGGCCAAGAUAUUCAACUACGGUAGAAUAUAUGGUGCCGGUGUGAAGUUCGCAACUCAAUUACUCAAAAAGUUCAAUCCAAGUUUAUCGGAUUCUGAAACCAAAGAGAUGGCGGAAAGGCUAUACGAAUCAACAAAGGGUCAAACAAAACGCUCCAAAACAUUCAAAAAAUUUUGGUAUGGUGGAUCAGAAUCCAUAUUAUUCAACAAGCUUGAACACAUAGCAGAACAAGAUAUCCCGAAAACACCGGUUCUUGGAGCAGGUAUAACAUAUUCUCUCAUGAAACGCAACCUGGGUUCAAACACAUUUCUCCCAUCACGUAUUAAUUGGGCAAUUCAGUCAUCUGGAGUUGACUAUCUCCAUCUGUUGUGUUGUUCCAUGAACUACCUGAUCAGGAAGUAUAGCAUCGAUGCGAGACUUACCAUUUCGAUUCAUGACGAGAUUCGUUACCUUUCGACUGAAAAGGACAAGUAUAGAACGGCAAUGGCUCUACAAGUUAGUAACUUAUGGACAAGAGCCAUUUUCUCAGAGCAGAUGGGCAUCCAGGAUCUUCCUCAGAACUGUGCUUUCUUCUCUGCGGUUGAUAUCGACCAUGUGCUCAGGAAAGAAGUGGACAUGGAUUGCCUUACACCGUCUAAUCAGGUCGCCAUUCCUCAUGGUGAGUCUCUUGACAUCACCAAGCUGUUAGCAAGAACAGACAGUAAACUCGACAAUCCUCGUACAGACGUUGAUGUGUCCAAACUGCCCUACCAAUAUCGAGAGCCUGUGUUUUCGAAAAAUCGAAAAGCCUACAGCAAGAACUUUUUGGAUUAUUUUCUCAGAAUGCAAAUUCAGUCAACCAAGUGGAAAGUCGACGAACUUGAGAAAGACUAUUUGAGACAUGUCGAUCAGGAAAAGCGUCUGCUCGAAGAUGACGACUCGAAGUAUCAGUUUGCCGACUUCUUAAAUGAUAAAACAAAGGAAGAAUGUUCAAAACCCAACAUAAUGGCAGAGUGUAGCGUACCGCGAAAUGCCGUCAAAUCAUUACCCAUCCAAACUGCGGAUGCUACUGAUCCGUACGUCUACAGUCUGGAGCAGCAGCACAUGCAAGCAAGCCAACCUGAAAUGAGUUCCCGGAAAGUGUCUUCGGGUCGCAAAACUCACAGAAGGCCUCAUGCGAGAAACCACGGUUUUGCUGUUUUCAACGAAUGCAUCGACCUUUCUCCGCAGGCUGCAGAGCGCAGACAAAAAAAGCUGGUUGACAAGCGUAUAGACGUGGACUCGAUCGUUGAAGGUCUAGUGCGGCCGGGCGACGGAAAGGACAACACCGAUACAGCAAAGAGAACGAAGUCUUCGACCAGAUCACCGCCAUCAUCCUUGCUGCUAUCUACUAAGAAAAAAGUCACGCAUCUGAAAGAGAAGCAACAAAACAUUCUGCAGAGAAAAACCCUUACUGGAUUGCAAAGGCAGUGUUGA